CAUCCUGGUUAUCUAAAUUGUGGAUAAUUUGUCUAGGAGUUUUAAAGGGUGCAUUUGGUUUCAUAUGAUUUCAUGCAUUUGAAAUGUCUUUUCUGUGUGCUUAAUUUUGAUCCACUGAAGCUUUAGGGCAUCUUAAGUAUCAAAAGAUCGAAUUGAUGUUCGUAGGAGAUUCAGUGCAGAGAGCCUAGUUUGAGUCAAUGUGAACCUUGCUGCCAAAGCCAAACAUGGCAGGAGCUAGGAAGGACUUGAUGUAUUGGUGUUUGAGAGCUAUAUCUGGUGGAUGCACAAGCGUGACAAGCCCAGAUUAAUGCUAUGUAAGUUUACAGUUUUCAAGCUAAGGCUUUCCAUUCUGUCCAAAUUCUUUUGGUUUUUCUGAACCUUGCUGCCAUAGCCAAACACAGCAGGAGCUAGAAGGAGUUGAUGUGUUGGUGUUUGGAGCAAUGUCUGGUGGAUGCACAAGCAUAAAAAGCUUGAGAUCAAUGUUAUAUAAGUUUUCAGUUUUUGAUCUAAGGCCUCCUAUUCCAUCCAAAUUCUUCUGGUUUUUGUGCUCAAGUGCAAGUUUUUUAUUUGAAGAUACAUUUUGGAGUCCGACACGUUAAUCUAAGUUCUAACUUUCUUCCUGAGGUUCAUGUUUUUUUCUUCUUUUUUUUCUUCUUUAUCAGUCAUGGAACUACUGAGAUUUUUCAAGAAUAUAAUGUGACAACUAGUCAAUUGAGAAACCUGGGCAAAUUGGAUAGAAUCCAACAUCAGUCCUUUAUGGCCCCUACACAUAUUUGUGGUAUGUUUCACUUGCUGUUUUCUAUUAAGAAACAUCCCAAGCCCCCAAAUUAUGAAGAUGAUGAUAAUAUAGGGAGCUAUCAAGCUGUUAUAAACCCUUUUGAUGAAGUAGAAGAAGUUAAUCCUUUCUUUGUUAAUCUUCUUUUCUUUUCAAAUUUACAAGAUUUUUUUUAAUGAUAUGAUUCUUAUUACUACUUAGUGAUCAUGAAUAUGUAGAACCCUUCAAGGCUUUCACCUGUUCCAGCAGAACUAGCUAGUUGCUUUCUGCUAUGGUCGUGAUGCAAAUCAUGAUGUCCCUCUUGCUCUAGUCACCAGACCCAGUUUUAAGGUUAGUUUAUUUACCUAAAGUCCAUCUCCAUCCAUGACCAUGUAGAACUUGAAUUGUGAUUUUUUGUUUUGUAGAUUGGCCACCAUUUGCCCCAAUCGUUCGUAAUGAUGUUGCAAAUGAUAUACUAAUUUAUCUACAAAAGUUUAUGUAUGUUGCCUUUUCAUCAUUCUAAGGUAUGCAAGCUUUUUCACUUUUUUACUUUUUCUAUAUGGUUAUUUUAGCCUUUGAUUUUGGUAGAUUAUGUAUAUUGACAGAAUGCAUGCAUUUGUAUCCGCGAUGUUAUAGUUAUCAGUUUGCAUUGAUAUAUGUUAUGAAUGUUAAGUUUUCUUUUUCCCGUAUGCAGGAUUAGUUCUGUGCUUUUUUUAGAAUGAGAUAUGGCUGCUACUCCAGCAUUCAUCAAAGGGG